AUGCCUAGCGAUAACCCUGCCUGUGCUGACUGUAAGGCCAAGAAGAAGCGGUGCAUUCACCGUAACCAACCUGUGAAGGUCGCGAAAGUCGAAGCCGUCUCAGCCAGCAUGUCUGCCCCCUCCGCUACCGCUACUGUUCUGACGCCUGCGUCCACUCCAGUCCCUGUUGCUGUUGCCGGUUCCUCCACCAGAGGGCGACGUAAGACCGCUGAUGCCACAACGAAGGAGAUGAGUCCCGCUCCUGCCGACUCCAGCGACGAGCUUUCUUCCGUGCCCUCGGAGGCCGAGGAGAAGCCGAUGGCCAAUAAAUACACCACGCACAGUCGCCGUGCUAAGACCUCCGCCGCCUCCGAGAACGUAGCCCUGGCCCUUGACCUCUCGGGUGAUUCUCUUCAGGCCGCUGCCACCAUGUCCGUCCACCGUGUCUGGGCCCGCGAACUUCGGGACAACCUCCAGGAACUCGAGAGGUGUAUGGAGGCCUUCGAUGAAGCUCACCGAGCUACCAUGGCCUCUGCUCAGGCUAUCCAGCAUACUGUCGACGGCUGGAUUCAGACCUGGGCUGCUUCUGGUCAUUAA